AUGGAUUACACUGUUAUCAUACCCAGUCUAUUGGCUUUAGGCCUUUAUUUAAAUACAUUACCAGCGGAUUUUGCUUACGAUGACAGUCGAGCCAUACAGAAAAAUCCAGACUUACUGCCAGAAACACCUGUGAUUAAUUUAUUUUAUGAUGACUUUUGGGGAACACCAUUAACUCACAGUGGAUCACACAAAUCCUACAGACCAUUAUGUGUAUUAACUUUCCGUCUCAAUUACUAUCUAGGAGAACUGAAUCCAUGGGGCUACCAUCUUGGAAAUGUGCUGUUACAUUCGUUAGUGACAGCGAUCUUUACUAUUUUAGCUAGAAAAUUUGUAAAACAUUCCAUCCCUACUCUUGUGGCAGGAUGUCUGUUUGCGUCCCAUCCUAUCCACACAGAAGCUGUGGCAGGAAUCGUAGGACGAGCAGACGAAGGUGCCUGUUUGUUUUUUAUUUUAACAUUUUUAAGUUAUAUGAAAUAUACAGCAUAUCGUGAUACCAGUGAUAACGCCACUAAAAGAUGGGUAUAUAUAUUUGGAGUGUAUUUAUGGACUACAGCAGGAUUAUUAACUAAAGAACAAGCAAUUACUGUGUUAGGGGUUUGUCUCGCCUAUGAUAUGUUUAUUGUGCAUAAAGUGACUUUAACAGAUGUCAUAUCUUUAAAAAUAUUAAAAUUGGUAAGUAUGAUUAUUAUAUUCGCUUUUCACUGUGGUAUAUUACUCUCAACCUAUGGUAUCAUAUUAGUUAUUUUAAGAUUAUAUUUUAUGGGAAAUAAACCUCCAGAGUUUGCACCGUCCGACAAUCCUGCCUCAGAUUCUAAUAGUUUUUUAACUCGUACACUAACUUAUAAUUUUUUACCUGCCUAUAAUGUAUGGAUAUUGUUAUGUCCCAGUGUAUUAAGUUUUGAUUGGUCGAUGGAAUCUAUUCCUUUAAUUCAAAACCUUGCAGAUUUUAGAAAUAUAUGGACGUUGUUAUUAUACUCUAUUUUAGUGUACAUAGCCAUGAAAAUUUUAAAAGAUUUAAGCAAAAGUCGUUAUAGUAAUUUAUCUCAUUUUGUAAAACCACAUUCAAAUGGAAACGGUGUUGGACAUCAUUCAGCUAGUAAUACAAAAACAACGGUUUACGCCAAAACAAGAUUAAAACGUCGAGGAUCUAAUAGCUCUACAGAUAGUUGUGAAGAAAUGCCUGUGUUUGCUCAAAAAGAUUCCAGCAACAUUGAAAUUUUGAUCAUUUCGCUGUCCAUAAUAAUAUUUCCCUUCAUUCCUGCGUCCAAUAUGUUUUUCUAUGUGGGAUUUGUGAUAGCUGAAAGGAUCUUGUACAUUCCAAGUAUGGGAAUUUGUUUAUUAGUGGCACAUGGUGCUUGGUUGUUAUAUAAAAAGUGCUGUGAAGACUGGUUAAAGAAAAGUGUGAUUGUCUCUGUUAUUGUGAUUGUUUUAUUGUUUAGUGUUAAGACUGUGUUAAGGAAUCGUGAUUGGCAAACAGAAGAACAAUUGUAUCGAUCUGGUAUUCCUGUUAAUCCUGCUAAAGCCUGGGGUAAUUUAGCUAAUAUCUGGAAUGGUCAGAAAAGACUAGAAGAAGCUGAAAUAGCAUAUAAACAUGCAUUGAGAUAUCGAGGCAAUAUGGCUGAUGUCCAUUAUAAUUUGGGAAUAUUAUUACAAGAACAGAAACGUUAUGAUGAAGCAGUAGAAAGUUACAAUAAAGCUAAACAUUUUAGACCUAGACUAUCAAUGGCUUAUUUAAAUCUAGGGAUAAUAUUUACUCUAUUAGGCAAGGUCGAAGAAGCAGAAAAGAUAUAUAAACAUUGUGCAGAAUUAGAUACAUCUGGUUUAAAAGAUCCCAGACUACAUGAAUCAACUAAGAUAUCCUGUUUAUAUAAUUUGGGUAGAUUAUAUACAGAACAAGACAGAUUAAAGGAAGCUGUAGAAUACUAUCAUAUAGCUUUAGAGAGAAGACCUAGUCAUUAUGCACCACAAAGUUUAUUCAAUAUGUUAGGUGAAGCGUAUGUUAAAAUGAAUGAAUUUGAUGAGGGUGCUAAAUGGUUUAAAGAAGCUUUAAAAUCUAAACCUGACCACAUUCCAGCUCAUUUAACUAUGGGAAAAUUGUUACAGAGAAAGAACAAGAUGGCUGAAGCUGAACAAUGGUUUAAAAAAGCUUUAAAAAUAGAUAAAGGUGAUGUUUCUGUACUACAUCAUUAUGCCCAGUAUUUAAGUGAGUGUAAUCGUGAUAAAGAAUCAGCUGAUAUGUAUAGACAAGCUAUCAUACUAGCUAGUCAUGAUUUUGAAUUGUUAUUUAAUGCUGCCAAUAUCUUCAGACAAAUUGGUAGUAAUCUAGAAGCUGAGGAAAUGUAUAGAAAAGCUGUAAAACUUAGACCAAAUGUAACCACAGCUCAUAUGAACCUAGGUGCCAUGUUACAUAUUAAUGAGAAAUUAGAAGAAGCAGAGAAGAGUUAUUUACAGGCUUUAAAAUUAAAACCAGAUGAUAAUCUAACUAUUAAUAAUCUGAAUAAAUUAAGAAACAGAAUGACACAAAAAGGUGCUAUAGGAAAUGAUAAGCAUUAA